CUCGGCGGUGAGUGAGGUUUUGGUGGGAUUGGAGCUCGCGCAUCGGGUCUCUGUCAGCGUCGCUGUCCGGCAGCUCGGCGUCCCGGACGGUGCUGUGCGGUGCGCCGGCAGCCUGCCCUCGCCACGGGUCUCGGCACCGGCCUUCGUCCAUCGACCCCGGUGUCUUCCUCCCUCCCUUCCGUGGCGGCGGUUUGGUCGUCAUCCUUGGACCCGCACGCAGUUUAGGAACUCACGCCUGGGACAAUGGUGUGCAUUCCCUGUAUCGUCAUUCCAGUGCUGCUCUGGAUCUUCAAAAAGUUCCUGGAGCCAUACUUAUACCCUCUGGUUUCCCCGGUGGUCAGCCGUCUAUGGCCUAAAAAAGCUAUACAAGAAUCCAGUGCUAAAAAUACAGGCAAAGUAGACUGCAAGGGUGCAGAUGCCAUUGGAUUACCCACAAAAGAACCAAUAGAGGUCUCUGAUAAAAAGAAAGACUAGUGCGGUUUUCCUGAAAGCCCUUGGCUGGUUUCAAAUGGACCCGAUAAUAUGAAGCACCUUCUUUGUCUCUUGCCUUUUUUCUCUGAGACCAGGAUUCUAGAUAAACAGUUUAGCUAGCUAUCUGAUACUGAUCAGGAAGUACAUGAUAUUUAUAUUAAAAGUGUAAGUAGUUAUAUUUAAUGACCUCCCCCUGAGUUUCUUUUUCAUUAAGGUAGCUUUUAUUUCUGUUAUUCCAUUUUACUAAUAUGAAUAAAUAGAAGGUUUGUGUGAGCAGACACUCAGAACUUGAAGUCCUUGGGCUUUUGCAUUGUUUCGCAUGAAUUUGGCUUCUGUUUUUGCUUCCUGUGGGCUCUUGUGACUUGAGUGGGAUGAGUCUUACUGUAAAACAGUACAGUUGAUGGAAUGAAGUAUGAAAGAUGUAAUUACUGUCCAGCACAAUGGAGAGCUGAUACUUAGGAACAGUUAUUGCUCCAGGUUAACUGGAAAAGAAGGAACUAGGGGAAGCUUCUUUGAAAAAUGUAACAUCAACAUCAAUGUCAAUCACAUAAAUUCUAAUUCUGCUGUACUUCUAUUCCUACAAAUGCAUUAAACAUUCAGUUUAACUUGUU